UACAUAAUGAAAGAAAUCCAAGAACAUAAAAUUAAAAUAUAUGAAUUUCCAGAAACAGAUGAUGAAGAAGAAAAUAAACUUGUUAAAAAGAUAAAGCACCGUUUACCUCUUGCUGUGGUGGGUAGUAAUACUAUCAUUGAAGUUAAUGGCAAAAGGGUCAGAGGAAGGCAGUAUCCUUGGAGUGUUGCUGAAGUUGAACACGGUGAACAUUGUUAUUUUACAAUUCUAAGAAAUACUUUGAUAAGGUAAGUGCAAGCAAUGA